AUGGAAAUGAAAGAGAUUUCUAAACACAAAACAAUAUGGAAAGUGAACCCAACCAAUGAACCUCUAUUAGUUACUGGUGCAGAAGUCAAUCCGUUGAAGAAAUUUACUAUUCCCAAGAUUAGGAAGACAACUGAUAAAGUUUACUUGUCAUCUUGUUACACCAAUACUAGAGAGUACAGUUUCAUCCAUGAUACUCUUAAUCAGUGCCGGCUUGAUGUAAGCUGUGACCUACAAUCAUCAUGGCAGUUUGGAGACACAAAACUGGUUCACAAUGAGUAUCUAGAAAAAAAAUUUACUUCUAAGAGGUCAGAGAUGCGUGAGAGUGGAAGACAUGGAAGAGACCUGGAGGAACAUUUCUGCUUUAUAGCACUUCCUCGGAGUGAUGUGGCUGAGAUAUAUCAUAAAGGGUUAAGCACCAAAGCAUCUCCAUUGAAAGUUUUAGGAAAUCCUCUUCUUGGAAUUUAUGUAUUUAGACAUGUUGAUGUUGCCUUGAAUUAUGCUCAUAGUAGAGGCACUACUGUAGAAAAUAUUAUAAUUUUUAAGGUUCUCUUUGGAAAAGUGAAGAAAAUUCAGCCAUCAGUGGAUAAAAACAAAGUCUCUUUGGAUCCUUCCCCAAAUUUUGAUUGUCAUAUGUCAAGAAAUACACCUUCUAUGAAAGAUACUAUUGAACUACAGGCCCAUGGUUCAGCAGUAUAUAUUUAUGAAUACAGUGUUCUUUCAAAGCCAGUAGAUAAACCUAGACAAUGUCUUCCAUAUGCAAUACUAACAGUAAAAUAUAUUAGUCAAAAAGUAGACAAUGGACAUCUUAUGACAUCUUUGAAAUUCCUCUCAACAGGAUUUCCUAAGAGAUCAGAAAGAACUUGCUCUUUGAAUAACUGUACAGUGGCCAAAAGAAUUGGAAAAGGAAAAGAUGCUACUGUCAUCUUUGAACAUUUCAGGAAACCUGCAGAUAUAUUUGCUCAGGAAAACUGUUCCUGCAAUACACCACCUAAUUCUGAGAUAAAUCCUUCCAAUUCAAAUAUUACUAAUUCCUUUAGAAAUAUCCAAAAUGGGAACAAUUCUGUACUUGAUACACAUAAUGGACAGAUGGAAUACAAUUUAGCAGUAUGUAAAGACACUUCUCAAGUAUAUACAUGUGAUUCAGGAAUUUCAUUUACUCCCGAUGAUAACAAAGAAAGUGUUAAUGGUGACCCUCCUGUUAAGUGUGGCAUAUCUUAGAAAUAUUUUAAGGAGUCUUCUACUGUCCUACCUCUUCAGAAUAAUGUUGGCUCAAGUAUAGUUACUACUUCAAAAGUCAUCAAAGAUCCCAGACUCAAAAAAAGAGGUGAAAACCAAGAAAAAGUUAAUGUUACAAGUGGAAGUGAGGUUUUACCAUUGGAGAAAAGUGUUGAGUUUGUUGACUCAAAAUUAAAUCUAUCAUCUGUGCCAUCUGAUUCUGCCCCCUCAUCUGAAGUCAUGCCUAGUGAUCAUGCUAUUUUUUCUAAUUGUUUGGAUACCCCUUGCCUCAAAUUUUCUUUUGAUGCUUCACAAUCGCAGGCUCAGGACAUGUACUCUAAGGACCAUGAUUCCACAACUUACAAUAAAAUUACCACAACAGAUCAACACAAAAAUUCUGUCCCAGUGUGUUUGUCAAAUAAAUCUUCAGAAGCUGAAGAACAAAGUUAUAGUGAGGAAAAAGCCCAGCGAUCCCAACAGAGAAGCAUGAAUACUGGUACACAUGGGAACAAUGAUCCCAUCUCUCAGGGAUCACAGUUUUCUCACUUACAGCCUAUGUAUCAGACUGAUCAGCAAGCCUCUGCAGUUUUUUCCACACCAAAUAAAAGAAGCAUAUGUGAAUACGUUAAAAAUAGUGAAGAUAUGAGAAACUUCGCUGGCCCAGAAGACACUUUCAACCAUGAAGAAAAACAAAAUUUAUGGAAAACAAAAAACAGUUCAGCAGAUAAUUACAUUUCAUUGCAUCAAGAAUGUAAAGAAAAUAUGAGUUUUGAUUCUUUGGGGAAAAUUUGUGAUCAUGUAGUAAUGACUCAAAAGUUGGAAAUACCAAAAUCUUCUACAUCUACCAUAAUGAAUAAUUAUGAAGUAAGUCAUCCAGCAUUGGAAUUGCAAAAUAAUCUUUCUCCUGGUGUGGAGAGCCUCUCACAUGAGCAUCCUCAGCACCCUCUGCUAUGUCAAGAUGACAUUCUUACAAGUUUUGCCAUUUCUCAAAAACUAAUGAAACUAAAACUGAAAAAAACAAAUCAAAAUUGUAUUAGUGUUGUGAGUGAUUCUUUCAAGGAAGCAAAAGACAUUUUGACCAACAAAUCACCAAUUGAUAAGUUUAUUUCACUUCAUGACAUUAAAACAAGCUCAUGACAAUUUGGAUUGUAACAUUGCUGGGUGAACAAGUAUGGGUUCAUACAAAAAAAUGGAAACAAGCCAGCAUCAUUACUGAAUAUUCAAAGAACCUAUAAAAAAACACCUCAAAUGAGCGAUAGAGGUCAAGAUUAUGCUCUGUUUUAUAAUGCACAGUUGGACAAUAAUGUGCACAUAAAUACUGAUUUCAAAGAACAAAUAAAUAAAGAAAAUCAACAUGAGACUAAAGAAGAAACUGUUUUGCCAUCAGAAAACAACACAAAAUCUAUAUAUGAAGCUGAGAAACAGAGUUUCCAUACAAACAAUAAUUUCAUCAAUGAAGAUGAAAGAGAGAAUAAUAAAAAUUAUAACUAUGUAGAAACUCUGAAUUCUGAAGACUCUUCUGCUACACUUAAUUUGGCAUUGGAAAAAAAUGCAUCAACAGAAAAUAAAAAUUUAAGAAGUGAAUAUGACAUAAAGCAAAAAGAGACUCAGAAUAUUGGAAGGAGUGUAGAACAUUUGUCUUCCAUUUUUCACAGAACUUCAGGUUCUAUAGGUCAUGUAGUUUCCAGUGCAGCAAUCCAGAUCACUGACACUACAUUGCCAGAAUUGAGCACAAAUUCUGAAGAUCACCAAGGAUACAAAUUAAAAGAAACUUCUGGGAAUUCUGAUUUGUUCAUAAAACAUGGGGCUUCUGAUUGUGAACUGAAUGUAGAUAAAAAUAAACUACAGAAUGUGUUUUUUCAAUCAAUAAGUGACAACCUAAUUCUUGCAAAUUUUGAACUGGAAAAUGAGAUUGAAGUGGAAUUAAAACAGCAUGAUGAUGAAUAUCUAUUUCACCAAGAUACUGCUAGCCAUGGAAAUGUACCAUAUGAAGAUUUAGGGGCCUUAUAUAAGAAUCUAGAUUCUCGUAUUGAUUGGGAAGGCCUAUUAGAAAGUAAAAAUGGAGAGAGAGAUGUUUUGAAAAGCAUGAAAAGAAAAGAAAAUGGUGAUCAGUUUUACUGUGAGCAAAGUAAUUAUUUUUGUUUCUCUACACAAAAAAAUAAAGAGCUCUGCAACCCAAUUUUGCUUCCAGAUCUACAAGUUCAAAUUGCUAAUACAGUCAUGUCAAGAUUUAGCCCCACUUUCAAGUCCCUUACUUUGAAUGAUAAUUUUUGCAAGUAUAUAACUGAAGCCACAAAAACAAAAAUAAAUGAGGACAAUGAAAAAAUUCCAGAAUUUGAAUUUCAUUCUUCAUGUUCUGGAGGAACUUCAGGUGAUGCAUGUGAAGAAGAAUAUGGUAACAUAAGACUUUCAUCAGACCUAGUGAAUAAAUCUGAAAUUUCACAUUCUUUUGACUUCAGUCAUAAAACUUAUAUGACUCACACAUCUGAACAACAAAAUAAUGUGCCUUUGCUCACUGAAGUUGCUUCUGUCACAGCAAUAAACAAUGAAGGCACAUGUUCCUCUACCAUGUCAAAAACUGAUGAUACUAGAAACAAAAAGGACACAGAUUCAAGAAUUGCAAAAAGAAAGCUACAUGUAUCUUCUAAGGACCAGGAUAUAGCAGAAAAAAAUCUGAGAUGUGAAAUUGGUGGGAAGAAGAGGAAGCUAAACAUUCAAAAUUCAUCUGAAUGUUUUUCUUCGUUAUCCCAAGGACGAAUUAAAAUCUUUUCACAGUCUGAAAAGCAUAUUAGAAGUGUCCUGGAUAUUCUAAAUAGUGAAGUAUCUUUAUGCAAAAGCAAACGUCUUUCCAGAAAACUUGACAAAGCAGUAGUUCAUCUCAAAAAAGCUCAUAAAAGAGUUAACACAUCUUUACAGCUAAUAGCUAAAGUAGGAGAAACAAGAAAGGGCCCAUUACCCAAGUCAUAUGCAAUAAUAUGUAAUAACUUCUGGGAAAGUUGUGAUCUUCAAGGCUAUAGUUCUAUGCCUGAAAGAAGAUAUUAUUCCACUAAGCAGCUUUUGUCAAAAAGAAAAUAUGACAAACCAGGAGAGAGAAGACCUUUAGGAUUUGAUGGGUUUAAGUUAAUCACUCAUGUUUCAAAGAACAAGCCUUACCAAACAAGGGAAGAGAGAAUUACAAAGUACCUUUCUAAGAACUCUGUGACUAGAAGUGUCUCCAGAAAUAAGACCACUAUUCAUGUGAGAGGAUUUUGUGAUCAGGAGUGUCCUGAAUCACAGUUAACCCUAUGCUCCACAUCCCAAAGUACAGCUCAGUUAUCUUCUAACGGUAGCAAUCUUAAGAGUUCACGAUCAUCAAAACUUCAGCCUUCUCUGAAAAAAUUCAGUCUUCGUUUUCUUCUGCCUUCCCAGGUGAUGAAACUAACUGAAAGAAAUCAACAUGACAUCAAUUUCCUAUCUAACUUUAGUAAAGAUGGACAUAUUGAGAGCCAUUCAGUAUGUGAUACUAACGAUGUAACAAAAGAAAAUAGUUCUAAGGCAAGUGAAGAAAUAAAUGACUCAGUCUCUUUAAGUUCCAUGAAAGAAAACAAAGGAAAUUUUAGCUCAGACAAAGACUUUGAUGCAAUUUGUAUAGGUCACACGAAAUUAAAUACUGAUGUAUUUAUCUCAGUCUUAGAGUCAAAUGUGGAACAUUUUUUAAAUGUUGAUCUCUAUAAGCCAGAUAACCUUAUUUUGACUGAUUUUCAAAGAAAUAUGGAAGUAAAUUUUCCUAUCAAAAAGUGGAUAGGUCCUGUUGAAAGCUCAAAACGAAGCAUUACUAGAGGAAAUUUUCUUACAGACCCAUUAAAUCUGACUCUGAUAACAAGCAAAAAGUAUGACAAUACACCUCACUUAUUACCUAUUGCAGCAGUGACAGAUAAUGAUGGGAAAUCUUCAAAAUCUUAUUUGGAUAAACAAGAAAUAUUUGCAGUAGAUUCUAUCAUAACAUCUACCACGGUACCAUCCUGUCAGCAAGGACAGGGUUCAAAGGGGUCUUUGAAGACAGAACUGUCCUCCUUAAGUAAUCGCAUCUAUUUAGAUGACAACAAAACAAAUGUUAUUGAGAAUGCCAAACUGGCCUGCACACUAAUAGCAAAAGAAAGUAAAAGUUGUGGAGAAAAUAUAAUUUCCAAUAAUAGAUCUCUACAGUUAAAGAAUAAUAUAAAGGAUCACGUUUCCCAAAACUGCAUUAAAAAAAAGUCCGAGGCAGUCUCUUUAAAUAACACAGCUUUUAAUCAACUUAACAAAAAAAAGAAAGAGACUGAAGUUAAUAAUAUCUCUAAAUCUGAGUCCUCAUUGCAUUCAAAAAUAACCUCCAAUUCCAAACCAGACAUUACAGAAAUGAAUCAUGUGUCUGAUUUACAUGCCUAUUCUGAAACCUCCAAAGUCACUAUUCCUCAGAAGAAAUUUAUAUCACAUGUGAAUGACUUAAAAGAAAAGCAUUCCUCAGGUGAUCAUUCAACUCUUGUAAGUUGUCUAACUCAGAUUUUAAGGAGGGCAGAUGAAGUUUCAUCUUUGAAAAUUCUACAGGAACAGACCCAGGUUUGUCAAAAUAUUCUGCCUUUCUUUGUUAAAACUUUUGAAAGAAUGCAAGAAUGUUCACUUGAACAAGUACUGAUUUCCAGAGAACUAUUAGAACAGAACCGAUGGAAUAAUUUUAAAUACAAAUUAAAACCAUGUGCUGUUGACUCCUUGGCAGACCUCCAAAUGGUGAUGGAAACUAUUCAAUUCAUUGAAAAUAAAAAAAGGCUCUUAGGAGGUGAACCAACAUUCCGAAGUUUGCUAUGGUAUGAAGAGACAUUGUACAGUGAGCUGCUUGGGAGGCCACGUGGAUUUCAACAACAAUCUAAUUUCUAUCCUGCUUUUCAAGGGGAGGUUAAAUAUAAUGCAUUCUGUGAGUUGCAAAACUAUCACAGUCAAUUACUUGACUUGUUUGAGGAAACCAAAAGGGAAAACAAAUCAUACUACACACUAUUAAAAUACAAACGGCAGAUUGAUGAGUGUGAAGCAAUAAUGAAGCAUUGUUCUGAAUGCUUUGACUUUUGUCUUUCUGUGCCAUUUACCUGUGGAGUUAACUUUGGAGAUAAUUUAGGAGAUUUAGAAGCCUUACGAAAAAGCACCUUGAAGGUGAUUAGUAGUUACGGAGACUCUCCUAAAAAAAAUGUCUCUCCAGAAAAACAAGACCACCUGUGGAUUAUCAUAGAAAUGGUCUCCCUCAAAAAUAAGUUUUAUAAAAACAAUGAAGCUAAAAGCAUUAAAAUAUCUCUUUAUGGUCUGGAACAUAUCUUUUUUGAUGCUGCAAAAAGUCUUGUAUGGAAAGAAAAGAGGAAAAUUUUUAGCAGAAUAUACACAGGAAAGAGAAAAAAAAGAGAUGUUACUUAAAAUGAAAUCAAAAUUCUUUUUUCUAAGUUGAAGAAGAUAUAUGCUACAUUAUCUAAAGAUUUAAACAAAUUUGAGCAAGUUUCCAGUAAUUGCUUUGAGGAGAGUGUUAUGAUGACUUCCAAAAAGUCAGAUAAUAAAAUAAAUGAAGUUAGUAUAGAAAACUGUAGACUUAACAGGACUAUGCUUUCACAUCCAGAUUUCUGUUAUGUUAGUGAAAUAAUCGAUCAGGCUGAACUUGCAGACCUAAAAAAAUUACAGGAACUUAUUUUGAAAUGUGAUGAGCACCUAAAUAUUUUAAAGACAUAUUUUCAGAUGCAGCAAGAAGAUAACAUAGAUGAUGUUUUUAUCACUGAAGAAAAUGUUCUGGAUAUGCUGAAAGAUCAGAAACCUGGGACUGUAAUUUUGAAACCUGAAGCAGUAGUUGAGACUUACAUUGAAAUUGUUAUGCUCUCAGAAACAGUCCACUUCCUUAAAAACACAGUAGCAAAGAAACAAGACAAGCAGAGAUUCCGAGGUAUGCUUUGGUUUGAUUUGUCACUUGUUCCUGAACUGAUUAUCUGCCAAGAAAAAAUGACAACUUUUUCAUUUCUUAGAGAAAAUGCAACAGAUUGCCUUGAGAAAGUGAUAGAAACAACUAUUUCUGCACUUAAUAAAGAACUGGAUAUUAUCCUGAAGCAUCACAAUGCUGUUACUUCAUAUGCUCUUCGUUUGUACUCAAGAGAACUUGAAGAACUUAAAGAAAUAAAAAAACUUCGUAAGAUGUCUCUGUAUUCCGUUACAACAUUUAUUAACUUUGUGCCAUUUAUAGCAUCCAUAAAUUAUGGAAGCACAGUGACUGAGUUAGAAUACAACUACAAUCAGUUUUCUACACUGCUCAAAAAUGUAAAGACUGCCCCAAAGAAAGACUUGGGGAAAAUGGCCCAUAUAACAAAGGUUAUGAAAACUAUUGAACAUAUGAAAAUCAUAUGUGCAAAAAACGAAAGGCUAACCAUUUCCUUUAUUCUAUGCCAAAUGAUACAUAACAGAAAGAAGACAUUACAACCGAUGAAAAAAGAAAAAACUAACAUUCCUAUAAAAAUUAGUAAGAACAUUGAUAAGCCUAGUACCUUGUAUGAUGGCGCCCUCUAUUUCAGAAUACAAUACUAAAAAAAUAUUCCAAAUUCUUCUAAAAAACGACGUCUCACUGUUGACAAAUCUGAAGACUCUCAGGAACAAAAGAAAAAUACUGCUGUUUUCAGUUGUAAAAAACAAAGGAUAGUGUCUUGUGAAACCUUUUCCCCUGUGAUUGAAAACAUGGACUAUCUCAUCUCGAAAACAAAAAUGAAGCUAGAACCAAGUUCAUCUGACAAUCUGAGAAGAAACCUUGUGUCUUCAAGAAAGAUUGAAAUGCAAAGAUCAGUGCCUAGCUCAUUUUCACCUUUAGAAAAUUUAAAGGACAUUUGUGCAUCAAAGUCAGAGGACAAAAUAAAAACUGGAGCAUAUUGUUUGCAUGACCUGUCAGCUGUCUCAAAGCCUGGUCUCCGUUUUGAAGAUAUCCAUGCUGGUUUAGAAAUAGAUGAUUGCUGUCUGAACCUUCCAGAUAAGGACAUUGUAAAUCAUCUGUUAAAAUUUAAACAUGCACCAGUUCUUCAGAAAACCCAUAUUUAUCCAGAACAAAAAAUCCCUGUUCUGCAAAUAAAUGAAACAGAGCAGGGAGAACUUGAAUCAAAGAAAAAGUACAUGGAUGAUAUGUUGAAUCCCAAUACUCGACCUAUUGGAGCAUCUGGGAAUGUAACACUGAAUAUGAAAUUCAAACUGCACAAUACUCCUCUUUCCAGCCAACAGAUUAAUGAAAAUUCAAAUAUUCCAUCUCAGGAUCCUACCACAUUUUGGAAUGACCUUCCACAGCCCUCACGUCCCCCGGCAAUAUUAUUCUUCUGAGAGUUCAUUUGGGAAUCUCACUACCCCUAUUACACUUGGUGUGUUUAUCACUGCAGUAGCAUCAAUGGCAAUUCCAUUACCCAGAAAUCAGGAAUCACAUCCUAUGAAGGUCCAGCACCUCCUGCGGUUUUGACUUCAGGUGCAUGUGCCCAAAACACCCGUACUGAUCUUGCAUAUUCUCAGUACUUUAGUCACGUCCCUGUGGAGUCACAAACAAAUGACUUUGUGCCAGUGAGAUGGGUAUGUUCAAUCCUCAAGUGCCUGUUUAUCAUUUCCCAGCAGCCAUUUUUUUCACAGUAUAAUUUCCAUCAGCCAUUAUCACAAGCUUCAUAUUCCUAUCCACCAAAUUCAAGCUUACUUCCAGAAUGUCCUUGGAUCUAUGGAACUGCAGGAUCACACAGGAUCCUUAUAAAGAUUCUUCGAAAGAUGUUAAAAUUCCUUAUAGAUCUCCGUGGCAACAAGAAUCCUUUCAGCCAGGACACUGAAAAUGGUUUCCUGGUCUCCUUUCUACAGAAUAAAGGAAAUUUGACAAGUUUUUCCAAACCUUUAAGAAGGGAAAGUCAGAUGAAGGACAGCAAGUAA